AAUCUCUCCACAAGACUUCCCCAACUCUAAUUACAGCCACGAUUUCUUGCUUUUAGACUGGUAUAUAUUAUUUCCUGAAACCAACCGGCACUGAUUUCUCUUAGGCAUUUCUCAAUGUCUAUCCUACCCCAUCACGAGUGCCUUACAAGGUCUCCAGUCCAUGUUCCCUCGAGCCACCGCAUACGUGUGAUAUGUUCAGCCACCAUCACCACCAAAUCCAAGCCCAAACCAACAAUUGAACCUGUUGUAAACCCACAAAACUUGGUUAAACCCGUUGUCUCUCCUGUGCUUAAUGACCUUAGUCUGCAAUCAACAUGGUCUCACCGGAUAUGGGUAGCAACUGGGUGCACCACUGUGCUCAUUUCCCUAGCCAAAGCCAUAUUGGCUGCAGCUGAUUCGCAUAUAUGGCUCCAACCCAUGUUAGCAGGCUAUGUUGGGUACAUUUUAGCUGACCUUGGCUCUGGUGUCUACCACUGGGGAAUAGAUAACUAUGGUGAUGCAUCAACACCCAUCGUCGGAACUCAAAUUGAUGCAUUUCAAGGCCAUCAUAAGUGGCCAUGGACAAUCACCAGACGCCAAUUUGCUAACAAUUUACAUGCUCUAGCAAGGGCAGUAGCAUUCUUCGUGUUGCCUAUAGACCUACUCUGUAAUGACCCUGUAAUCCAUGGCUUUGUUAGUGUGUGCUCUGUCUGUAUUAUGUUUAGCCAGCAGUUUCAUGCUUGGGCUCAUGGCACUAAGAGCAAGUUGCCACCAUUAGUGGUGGCAUUGCAGGAUGCUGGAUUGCUGGUUUCGCGUACACAGCAUGCUGCACAUCAUCGGCCACCUUACAACAACAAUUACUGCAUAGUAAGUGGAGUUUGGAAUGAAUUUUUGGAUAAGCAGAAGGUUUUUGAGGCACUAGAGAUGGCUUUGUUUUUUCAGCAUGGUGUGCGACCUAGGUCUUGGAGCGAGCCUACCUCUGACUGGACUGAAGAGAUCUUCCGUUCUGUUUAAUAUCCAAGACCUGCGUAUGCAUGCAUGCACGGGCGCACUGUAAAACUUUUUGUAUCAAAGUCAUCAAUUUGGCUGCAAUACAACGGCCAAGAAAAGACCCAAACAUGGCAACCCCGUUGGAGAACUUCCUCAAAAGACGGGGCAAAUUAAAAUAAGAGGACUUGCACCACUCUUAUUUCAUAGGAUAUCAGCCACAAGAAAAGAAUAAAGAGUAAAAAAUUGGAGGCACCUAUGCUUGGAUACUCGACAUUAAAAUUCAGAAAUUGCACAAAUGUUGACGGAAAGUGAUUCUUUUGUAUUAACUUGUGAAGUUUGCAGUUUCAAAUCAUUUUACAUUGCUAGUUCUACUUUCACGCAGGUGAAAGAAUAAAGUAACUUCAAAUUAUCUUUCGCACCUUAUGUUUUUCAAGUACAAGUGCAAUGUGCAUGAGAAAGCUCCAUGUUAAAUAUCAGCCCCUACUGAAGAAGAUAUGGAAGACACACAGGGGAACCAAUAGCGGCGUUUUCCAUCCCCAUGGCCAUCAUCAAUCAUUGCAAGACCCUCCUGCAUCAACCAACAGGGAUUUAUAAAUUCCAUGAAUCCUAUUGUUCAGGAUACAGGACUAGAGAUUAAAGAAAAAAGAAAAAAAAGGCAAACUGAAAAUGGAUAAUCAGAGAUGGUGCCAGCGAAUUACGUCUAAUAAAGUAUCAAGGGCAUCAAUAGCACGGCCAGAUGUCCAAGAAAGUCGCCUCUCUACCUCGUCAACAGUCACAAAGCCUUGAGCCUAUGCAAACACAUAGGUUGAAAAUGCAAUGUAAAUACUUGUUUGAUCAAGGAUGAUAAAAUAUAAGCUGUGGAAAGUAGAAAAACCUGAGCCAGCUCCAAAAUUUCGUUAUGGUCUUUGUU